ACGCUCACAUCGCAGCCAAGAUCCAGUCGAAACCUUCUUGCUUUGUCUGCCGUGCUUCAACGACGAUGCUUUCCUUUGUUGUGAUUGGCCCUGCGUCACGUGACGUUACGUAAUGGCUUACAGUAACGUCAGCCGUUACGGUACCGUCGCGCUAAUGCAACCCAAGUUCCAUCGCAGGCUGGAUUUCUUCUGCUGCGCAUCAUAAGUCCUGUGUGCUGAAUGCUGAAGUGCUGAGACCGACUCUCUUUUUUUUGUUGAUCUGUAUGAUUUCUGCAAAGCUUGGCAGUGCUUGGAGGUCAAAUUGCAUCCGCUAUCAACAAGGAAUGUCAUCAUGUAGAAGAUCAGGAAUGCUUGCAUUCCGUACUGUCUGCCUGGUGGACAGGACCUGCAACCUUGGAAGCUCUAAUAUCGUUGCGAGGUCCCCACAACGUGCUCUGCAAUGCCCUUAAUAUUGCUUAGGCUUUGCGGAACUGGACCUAGAGUUCGGCGUCGUUCGACCAGGUGGAUAAAAUCCCACAUGUUCAGUGUUUAGAGUCUGGUUACCGAGUUUGUGGGUACUGGGCUUCUGGAACAAAAAAAAAAAAAAAACAUUCGUAGGUACACCUCAUUUGCCCGUACGCGAGUGUGUGUCGCAGUGCCAACGUCUGUGCCGCUUGAGUGGGGUAAAAGGGUUGGCUAUCGCUUGCCAAGUGUACCACGAGGACAGCAGCUUCGGAGAACGGCAGGUCGUGCUGCAGCUGGUGACGACCGAAAGCGAUAACAAAAUGGAACAACGCUAGCGCACCAAGAAGAAGAGUAAAGACGUGUUGUUGUUAAUUCCCAUGCUUCGAGCAAGAUGGAUCUGCGCCCAAGCGACCGACCGCCCGAAAGGCCUUCAUUCCUGGCUCUGCCAGAAUCGACAUGUUCUAGCCGAGACAACGAUGACGUCUUCCUCACUGACAGUCCAGUCGACGACUCAGGACCAUAUGAAGAGUGCUCCUCUUCAGAACGCCCCCGUCGGCUGUCUUCCAGUCGAUCUCUUCCAUGCGUGCAAGAGAGACGUCACGACAAAGCGGAGCGAUCAGACAGUGCCCCGAGUCCCAUGCAGCUGACGGGAAGUUCAUGCGACACGCCCAUGACCGAUUCUUUUCCUGCUUCCACACCGAGCAGAGAGGACGACGACGACCAGAGCCGCUCUGCCUACGAGGGCAUCCUGCAAUGCGAACGGGACUUUUUCGACUUCGUCAUGACUUUACCGAGCGAACCAAAACCGACGAAACCUUCCCCUACUAGGGUCCGACGUGAGAGCAAGACCAAACCCAAACCUAAAGUGGGCCUCGACCACCUGGACAACCUCUGCAAGCUCAUGGAACAGCUGGGGGACCUCAAAGAGCAAAAUAGCAAGCUACAUCGAAGGGUCCAGUAUCUUGAAGACGUCAAGAACCUUCACGAAAUGCACAAGGACAUCUUGUCUAGAAGACCUGCAUCUAUGAGCUCGAGGCAAUCUGAAGCGUACGACGAGUCAGUUUACCAGGACCGAUAUGAAACACAACUUCAAGAUCGUACUUUCGAGAACCCGCUUCAGAAGAGCAAAACUCAAAUAAGCAUGGGGUCCUUGCAGAGAAAAACGAGAGAGCGAAGCAGGUCCGUUGGAAAUCAGGACGAGUUCAACGACCCGAAGGGUUCGUUGAAGUCCAAGAAGUUUCCUAACUGGUCAAAAGUGAAAGAAGCUUUGGGGUUCGAGCAGAGGCCAAGUGAUUACGAUGUCGAUGGAAAUAGCUUUCGCGAAGGGAACAGGAUAUUAGGUCCAGACGUGGUACAUCAUAUAAGUGUACCGAUAUAUUCCGAUGAGUACGACAGGAACUUUGACGGCAGGGUUACGAAUGUUGGCGAACGCUGUCGACAGAAGGAGCCUUGGACAGACUGGACUGGAGAGGGAAGGCUCCAAUCCAAGGGCUAUCCUAAUGAGAGGUCUGACGACGCUAUAUGUGAACGGAGGACCCACUUGCGACCACAGCAACCAGUAAGGCGCCGAUCGUCCCCAGGUGGUCCCUCAGUAGACAAAGACAGGUUUAGCGACCAUUCCAAGAAAGAACAAUAUUCCUUGACGCUGCAUCCGAAUGUGUACCCAACGUACGCGAGGAGUGACCUGAAGGACGACCCGAAGAAGGCGCCGAAGACACCGUGGGGCCGUGUGAAGACACUCAUUCAGACAAAGCGUGGUAGCGUCAAGAAGCGACAGUCAACCAAAAGUGAUGGCAAAGAAUUCCGCAUGAAUUCCGACCCUUCCUGUAACGCUGCUUUCAGCGACUACGAAGAGGGUGUUUCCAGGAGGACGAGGGACAUCAGGCAUCGGCGAAGAAAGGUGUCCGACCAGUACGCAGACGGCGGAUCCAGCAGACACUCAGGCGUAAGCGACGACUUCUGCGGGUUCCCUAAAGAGCGAUCGAAGUCUCAGACGCACAUCGAGCGCGACUAUUACCGGGAUUUUGAAAGCAGCGAAGAUUCCAGGCCUCGCAAGCAGAAGCCCGCCCCGUUAACCCUAAGUCCAUUGGAACACGCCUCCUCAAGCGCUGGCCAUUCAAGAACCAGUUCGGGAGUGACGUCAGAAACUUGUCAGAGACUUUCUCCGAGGUCUUCGCCACAGUUCCAGAGGAAGUCCCGUUGGAACAAGGUGAAGAAGGUAUUUACCGCAAAGGCGAAAGACGGCGACGCCAGUACAACACCGACUACGCAGUACCCCUUCUCAAAGUCUGUGCCUGCGAGCCCUCUGUCACUCGUAGGGACGGUGUUCAACUACGAUGAUCUGGGCCCGUACGAAGACGAAGAUAUAACAAAGACAAGGGAAGCAAGCGUGGACAGACAAAGAGUCGACAGCCUACCCCUCUCCCUAUGUCCCAGCUCCGACGGCGAACUCUCCCUCUUCCCUCUCUCCCAAUCAGCCUCCACGCCCAUGAGCAGUCUUGUCCUCCAGCUCCAGCGGAACUUGAGCGAAGACUUCAGCCAAAAGAUGCUCGAAUGGGAACGAAUCAAGGCGUCCGGUGUCGCUUCCACUGCCACAACAAAGGACAGAGCGAAAUCCAAAUCCGAGAAACUCAAGGGCGAACGCCAGUCCAAACCCGCUAAGCCCAAGCUCAAAGACUUAACGUGGCUCAACAAAGAACUGCACAAGAUAGAGCGCGAGAAGGAAAGAUUGGCAAAGGAGAAACGGAAGUACGAAGAACGUUCGGCGAGGCUUCAGCGCUUGAAGCACACGCUAUUGUCUUCCGGGGAGAACAGAAACGAGAUCCUGGUGCGGACGUCGGCGGGCGAGUUCCGGUUCGAAGGGAUAUCGGACGCUUUCACCAAGAAACUCUACGAGUGGGAAACGAAAAAGGGUGUUGUUCCAGAGCUGUCCACGAUAGCGCUGCUCGAUGCGAGCUUGUCGGGAGAGAAAGGAGUUGGGCUUCCAAGGGGCCUGUCGCGGUCUGAUUCGAGCAUCGCGGAUCAAGCGUCAACGCACCAUCAGGCAUCGCACGGGUCCACAAGCUCAUUGCCGUCAAUGAAGCCGGACUCUGGAUUUAGUCAGGAAGAAAACGUGCAGCCGUCGCGAGCGAACUCGGAGCCUGAUCUCUCCACCCCUCACGGACAGGCCAGAAGAGAUUCGUGUCUGUCCCGAAGAAGGCACUCUCAAGACCAGAAAUGGCCUGCAGGGGAGUACGGAGCGUACGUGAAUCCGGAAGUGACGUGGCUCAUCGAUAGUGGUUCCGGCGAGCUGGCAUUAGAGGAGGAUGACAGACGGUUGACCAAGUCUCCAGAGAACCAGGACUACGACGAAGCAGAUGUCAAAGCAACAGAGGAUGGUUACUACGUCCUCUUGGAGGAGAACAUGCUUCUUCUAGAACAGCUCAAGGCCAAAGAGGACCUCUGCAGGCAGAUGGAGAGAGAACUGCAGCUACUGGAUGCCAGACUCGGUGACGUCAGCGACAGGCAUCGACAGGAGAUUGAUCGGUACCGUGAACGGCUGUGGGAGGCACACCGACCGGCUCUACUUCAGUUCGGGUUUCGGGAGUCCCAGGCCUCACUUAAGGUUCUAACCGAGCUCAAGUCGCGAGUGGAUGACCUGGAGCGCUUCGGUAGAAGGUUCUACGACGAGCGACGAACCUUGCAGGACCACAUGCGAUACCAGAGCGAAGACCAGCUGCGGCUCAGCAGGGACGUGGUAGCCAGCAUCCGAGACUUACACUGCCCUGGAGCUCCGGACGCCCUCCAAGGCCUCGAAGGGCCAGAGAGACGGAGCAGCUCGGUGUCCUCAUGGAACUGGCAGCGCUUCGUUCACGUGGAGAAACUGGCCCUGGUCCAAGACCUGCUGGGAAAACUCUUGCGACUGGCCCAGGAAAUAGAAAUGUGUGCUGCCGAACGUGCGCACCAGCUUUGGGUUCUACGGGGUGAAAUACUUCAACGAGACCUGGUCAGCGCCCGAAACCUCCACGCAGAUAUUUACCCGUUCCAGAGGGUGGCUUCGACGCGUGCCCCGUGGGGGCGCUGCCGUUCGAUGCCCAAGCGAUCCUUCAGUGACGGGAUUAUUCAGCAUUUAAGAAAUUCCAGGGAAGACACCGACAAUCCGCUGGCCAUCAAUGACAACCUUAGCCGAAAGAGUAGAACUGAUUUCUCAGAAUGGCAGCUGAACACAAGCGCCGCGCAACUGCUAGAAACAGUUCAGCAAUUAGAAACGGAGUUACUAGGACUACUUUGCGAUGUCAUGAACACUGAAGCCAACGAACAGCAAGAAUGCAUCGGAGAACAAGAACAACCAGCCCUGGAAUCAGGCGAUGUGUCCUCUGAAACUCGAACUGACGACGGAACAGGAGGUGAGGCGAGGUCGUCCCUGGCCUCCUCGGAGAGUCCCAUCCGGCCAUCGGAAAGCGUCUCAGCAAACGCAACCGUACGACACAACAGUGCAGACAACGUGAGCAGCGUAUCCGGCCACGAUGGGAGUGAGAGUUCGAGCCUCAACGACAGCGAACGAGUCUCUUUCGUUCUACGUCUACCGCGAAAGAGCUGGACAAGGACGAGAGAGACGGUGUCAUCGUCCUCCGACAGCUCUUACCUCGAAGACGAGACUUUCACUCGAGCCGCGUGGUCCUCGGGGAAGAAUCGUUUGGAGGCAGCGGAAAGGAAACAGGAUGCGACUGAAGCUUUUAAUUCACCUAUCAGGUAUCCACAGCUGAACCCUUCUCUAGGUCUGUUCGUUCGCACCAGGUUACGAGAUGAAGUUUUUGAAGAACCCUCGUCGGCAUCGUCCGUCGAAGCAGUCUUCUCUCUGCCCUACCCCUGCCAUGUUUAUUCGGGGACGGGAAAAUUCAAUGCUGUACUCGCUGAAGAAACAGCCGAUAUGCUGAGGGAUGCCGAAGGCACUUCGCGCUUUGGCUGCAAUGAAACUGCCGAGGCCACUGUGACGCUAUGUCAGCCACGCGUUGCUGAGGUCCCCAUCGAAAGAAAUGCCUCUUAUGUUAAUGAUGGAGAUUCAUCGAAUAGCGAAGGGCCACCAGAGGUUUCCGAAAUAGGAAAGAUGGCAGCACGAGGCGAAAGUCCAGUGCUACGGUCCAAGAGUACGAGAAAGUUAAAGAAGGCAAAAGAAACCAUCGGAGUGUCUCGAACUGAAGAACAACCACAGAGCUUCCCUUCUGUCAGUUCCACAGCCUCAUCCCCUCCACUCUCGCCUGCCAAGAUUAUCAGUGACGAGGAACUGACAACAUCAAAGCAAGAAUCAGCCAAGCAUGACGCCUAUCACUCAGUGCUCACAAGAGGCCCCUCUACCGGAUAUGUACCUUCCCCUGUCCAUUCAACAUCGUCAACGAGUCCUGCAUCACUGCUAAGUCCAGUGCCCAGUUACAGCCACAUUCCACACCAAGGUGCUCUCUCACGAUUCGAAGCACUCCACAGAGCCAAAACAGAGUUUUUUGCCAAAGAAGGUCCGGUAGUCAUAAGCACCGAUGUUCUGACGUCUAGAUCACUCCAGGCGAGUACUACCUUUCCACAAAAAGGCUUUAACGUAGAAAUCAUGUCAAAAGUUGCGGAGCCGAGUGACGCGGGACACGCUGACCUACCACAGUGCGGCGCAAGUGUUCCAAGGGUGCCCAAGGAGGAGACUGUACCAUCCCCGACCGUGAAAGCAACAGCGGAGGAACCCACAAGAAAAAAGUCAAGACAAGAAUGUGGUCAAGCGGAUAAGACCAGUUUCCUCUCGUUAAAGCUAAAGAAAAGUAAGAAGAAAGAUUAUUCUACCGUUGAAGAACUAUGUCGACAAACCCUGACUGUUACGGUGGCUGAAAGAGAAGUGGCGGACAGUGGAUCAGAACCAGUCAGCCCAGUCAGUCCUAUCAGUCCACCGUCACCUUCAGAGCCUAGGACAAAAGGCAUCAACAAGUGGCUUCCCAUCUUCAGUACAAAACCGUGAGGACUUUUGCAACUAUCUCACCAGUGUGCAAAAUAACUAUCUAUAAUAGCGUUGUACUCGGCGAGUCUUCACUCUGAUGCAUUUAGGAACUACACGGACAAACCCGGGUUUCCACCAGUGUUUUGUUGUGCAUUUUGUACAACGCUACGGGACGACCGCAGAGCGUUGAAACUAGCGGUGCUGGUGCCUAUAAGAGGGGUCCGAUGGUCCAAAACGGCGGGAAGAGGCAUGGAAGAUAAUACCGAAAGUAUAUGUGCCUCGAACGAUGAAAAGUGCGCGCAGAAAAAAAUAAAAUGGAAAGCGCGCAACAUUGUCAUAAUGUGCUAUCAUUACAUAAAUGUUCCCUCUCCUG